CGUGCUGUUAAAUCAUCAUUGUGAACCGUCGAGCGACCCGGCGGGCACGCGUCCUGAAGGUCAUUUUUGCGACCUCGGCGGAAUACGAUAAUACGCGUGAAAUGCAUCAGCUCUGGAGGAACGCUUACAGGCCCGUUUGGCGCCGUCAGUUCGGUCACAAAUCCACGGGUAAAAGUAUCGAUCUCGGCGGAGUUUUCGUGCCAAUACCGACGCCGUACGCGGCGAACGGCGAUAUCGACUACGGCGCACUGGCCGCGAAUUUUCAACGAUGGGAAAAAAUACCGUUCGCAGGUGAGGUAUUUCAAUACGAAAACGACCCGUAGGGAUUUUCGUUCGAUUUUUCGGAAAAACUCAAUUCCCGACGGAUUUUUCAUACCGUCUAUAAUUAUAAAGGGACGAGCGUUUGUGUGUCUGCCCGUCGUUGCGUGAUUCGCGGCCAAUCAGUUGCACGCAGAGGUCUGAUCAUUUACAAACGUAAAUCGAUGGACGGGUGUCUAAGUGAACGUUGAAGUCAGUUUUUCGAAAUUUGAUUCCGGAAGGAUGGCUCAAACAGGUCUUAUUUUUGGAACGAAAACCUAAUUAUUUUUGCUAAUUUAAGGGUUCCUUGGUGAUACAGAUUGAAAAAAGUGCAGUUAUUAUUAGUUGAUUUGGUUAUCAAAGGCAAGGAAGUAUAAUGUUGGUUAAUUAUGAUAGGUGCGGGAGUACAGGAAACUGCCGAAAAAGGCGACAAAUGGGGUUGUAUUAGGUUGACAGCUGGUUUGAAUUAGGAGUUGAAGAGUACGAGGAGUUCUAAACGAGAUUUUGGCGGAUCGUCUCGUCUUGGAUAUUGCAUUAUUUAUUGAAUUUUUUCCCUAGGAUAUUGCGUCGGCGGAUCAAAUGGCGAAGGCCCGUACUUAAAGGCAGAGGAAAAAUUGGAAAUGGUGUCGAAAAUCAGAUCUAUGAUCGGAAAAGAUCGUUUGCUGAUCGCCGGAACUACGUGCGAAUGUAAGAUUAUAUAUAUACAGGAUAAUUCACUAAGCGUGUUCAAUCCAGUGUUUUGGUUAAAUUUUGCAUACAUUCUAAUUCUGAUUUUUGCGAUUAUUAAGUGUAGUUAAUGUUGAUAUUUUCGAACACUUGGAUUUUCCCGUGGUGAUACCAACUUAUGUUUUUUUAAAUGAGAACCCUAUGUUAAAAAUUCCACGAACAGACGGAGUAUUACUUUAAGUAAAUUUUGGUGUCGACAUUUUUUGAUUUCUGUCAACCCGAGAUGUUCUACUUUUAAGUUUAGGUACGGGGAGAGUAGUGAAGUAUCAUUUGUGUGGCGGCACGGCGCGCGGCAUUUCACGAGUGCUCCACUACUCUUCCCUCUACCUGCUUAAGAUACAGGGACGGACUUAGAGUUUCAGCGCUCCAAUGCAAAGAGCUAUUUGUCGCUCCCUUAAAACCUAAGAAAAUUAUUUUGUAUUUAUUUAGGGGACGGGGAACGGAAAAUCUUGUUUAUGAUUAGUAUUAAUUUUAUAAGGUUAACUAGUAGCCCCGCGCCCGGCGUUGUCCGUGCUAAUUUUUUAUUCUUUUUAGUUUUAUUUCCGUUUUGCUUCGUCCGUGUCAGUAUAUAUUGAAUUAAAAAAAAAAAUAGGUGGAAAGUGGGUAGACCGUGGACUAAAAGUAUUCUAGUGUAUCAUACAUUUUUUCUAUUCGUAUUACCAUAGAUACCUGCACAACACAGGGGUUAAACUAUAUAUCCGCUAUAAUAACCAUAAAAUUACGUGGACAUGAUAAUACUGUAGUGUCGUUACAAUGUUAUUGUACAAAAAAAUACGAAAAUUCAGAGAUGACGUUUCACGUUUUUUCCUUUUUUUUUUCUGUUAAAAAAAUAAAAGGCCUAGCAUAGCUAAAUAUAAGAUAUUUUAUUUUCGAGUUUUUAUUUUUUUGUCAGCUACAAACAAUUAUCACCCCUCCUCCUCCCAACCCCAAAAAUGUCACUUCAGGCUAUAGCCUAGUUAGCUUAUACAUAAAUCCGUCCUUAUAAUAAUAUAUUAUCGUUCUAAACAAUUGUGAUAAAUAAAAAAAUACAAUACAUAUAAUAAAUCGAAAAACAUUUUCCGACUGUGAAACGAGGAUGGGCGUCGGGUGGAUUUCUUUCGUUCUUAACGACUGAUACGUCGCGUCUUCGUGACUUUCGCAAAAGAAAACGCAAUAAUUAAGUGGUCGGAUAUUUUUGUAAUAUUAUCGUUAAUUAAUAGACCGGUGAAAUGUUUCUAGUUAAAUUAUUUUCAAUUUCCAGCGACAAAAUUGACAUGCGAUCUUAGUAAGGCCGCGGCCGGUGCCGGGGCAGACGGCGUUUUGGUGAUGAGUCCGUUUUAUUUCAAGACCAGAACGACGGUAAAAAAUAUAUAUAUAUAUAAAUACACACCCUGGGUGAUUUUCGUAUGAUUUCAUAUCAUAUCAUAUCAUAUCAAUUUCAUAUCAAUAUCUGUUCGGAGAGUUUUCCGAAAAAUCAAAUUUCAUCAAUAUGCACACUGGUAAAAAAUCAGUUCAAUUAUUUAACAAUUUAAUCCUUAUAGAGCCCCGGUAAUUAAAUGUAUUAAGAAUUAUCAAAAAAUGGUCAGAAAAGCCCUUUAACCACAAAAACGUUCUUAAAUAAUUUACCCUAAAAACAACGAAACCAGCGAAAAAUGCAAAAUAAAAGCGACAUUUUUAAUAGAACAUAAAAAAAUACAGCACGACAGUAUUAACUUGGGAUUGUAUAUUACAUUAUCUUCUUUGUCCUGUCGUCACAAUAAAUAACAGGAAUAUUCGCUGUACGAGCAUUUCGUGUCGGUGGCCGAAUCGUGUCCAGCGCCUGUUAUCGUCUACAACAUGGUUCCCGUCACCGGGAUCGAUCUAAGCGUGGAAAUUUUGAAGAAAAUGGCUUUGCACGCGAACAUAGUCGGCGUCAAAGACAAAGAUGUAAGUUACGGUCACGUAUUAUAAUAUAUACGACCUUUUACAAUUAUCAGAGAAGAGAUACUCUAUCAUCUGCCGGAUACAAAAGUAUAUUCUAAGGAUAUUCUCACCGGUGUGAUGGUGUAAAGAGGUUUGGGAUUUGAUAAAACGAUUUUGAAGUGUUUUUUUUUUUUUUUUAUCGCAACAGUCAUUUAAAUACAUAUCUAUUAUAUACUUAGAUGGGAAAACUUGCGGCGUUGGUUACGGAAACACGAGACCAGGGAUUUCAAGUGGUCGCUGGUUCAGCGAGUUAUCUGUUGGCCGCCAUGCUCGUGGGUUUGUAAAAAAAAAAAAAAAACAUUAUACACGCUUCUCCGUUGUUUUAUUUUGAAUUCUUGAUGUUUAAUAUAAUUGUUCGUCCUCGAAGGAUGUUCCGGCGGAAUAAACGGACUGGCAGCCGUUCUCGGCGAACCGUUGUGCGAAAUGCACAAGCUGGCGGUUGCUGGACGGUGGAUUGAAGCGUUAGUACUCCAACGGAAACUGGUCAACAUCGAUUUGCUAGUAAAUAAUCACAAUGGAAAUCAAUGAAAUAUUGUAACUUUUUUUUAGUUUUAUUAUGAUGUAUGUGCGUGCGUGUAUUUUUUCAUGACUGUCAACAGUUUUUCUACUCGAAAUCUUGUUCCGAUCAUCAACUCCAGAGAUCGUUCCUAGUAAAUCAUUUUGUCUAGGCGUGGAAUUCAAUUACUAAUUUUCCUUGUAGUGAGCUUAAAUAUUGGGAAAACCUAGGAAAAUCUAUUCAAUAAUACGGUUUCUGUUAUUAUCAAUUUGGUUUAAAAUCCAGGGGAAAAAACGGACGUGUUUGAAGAUGCUGAUGUAGUGGUAACACUGAAUAGCGAAAAAUUGAGCUGGGCAGAUCGUGUGUGCUGAAGAACACGGGAAAGAAUAAUCGAGGAAGUCAUAAAGUGGGGAGCAAAAGCCUAAGACACCUAUACACAGUAUGCAUGCGGUAUUGGUAUAUAUGCGUGGUACAGUUUUCAAAAUAUUUCGGUGACAUUUAGUUUCUAUUUGGUAUUAUUUGGAUAAAAUGGCUGUUUUAGCGAAAAUUGAACCCAGGUUUCAUUAUAAGGUAUCAUUUUUUAAAGUUACGUUAAACUCUUAAAAUAAACGUAUAGACUCGUCUAAUCGAUUAUUUUAAAUGCUCCCUCCCAAAAAAAAAAAAAAACAUAGGUAGUAUAUUAUAUUAGCAAUUUUAUUAUAAUGUCUGAACGUAACUUGAACAGUAAACUUAGUUCUCAGUUAUAUAUUUUGGCAAUUUCGAUCCGUGCACAGAGUUUAAAAUUAGCGAUUUAGUGUUUGUUUAAUAAAUUAUUCCGAUCUGUGUUAUAUAUUAUAUUGUAUUUAAAUUGUAUAUAACUACUUCGAAAUUCGGCGAGUUCAUGGAUAUAUUGUAUUGCGUUGGUAGGUAUUCCAAAAAAUAUGUUUGCGUAUAAUUUGUUUCCGCGAGAACCCUGAACGAUAGGUAAUAAUAACGCAAAAGGCCAAAUUGUUUUGACCGUUGUGCAACAGACGCACUGGCAAUAAUAAUAAUAUGAAUAUGAAUAUGAACAUGGCGUCCACGACCGGAAAUGUUCACAAAGGGAUAUAUAUAUAUAUAUGGAUUGCAAAGGCUGACUAGAAUUAAUGGAAAUAUAGUUGUGUACAAAGUAUUAAGCACAUCGAGUUAAAUGCCUAAAAUUUAAUAGUUCAAAAAUCGUCAGAUUGUUUUGAAAAUCUUAUCACGUAUAGAAAGGACUAAUAUAUCUUAUUUUGUGAAAAUCUCGAGUCUUGAAAGAUAAUUUUAAAUUGAAUUAUACAAUAGUAAAAGUACACCAACUGUAACAUUUGCCACCGGACGCUACAAGAUUUCUGGUAUAAUAGUUUUUUCACACAAAAAAAAAAAUUACAAAAAAAAGAGCACACAACGUUAUAGUAAAACCAAUACAUUCAUCGUUACCCUCAGAAUCUAUAACUGUUUAACAAUUGUUUUUUUUUCCUUCGGAUAGCUGAUGCAAGAGUGCGGACCAGCCGGUUUAAAAGCCGCGAUGGAACUUUUGGGUUACCGCGGCGGCGCGUGUCGCGCUCCGUUGCCGCCCGUAAGUGCCGGCCAAGUGGAGAAAAUCAAACGGGCAAUGGAAAAAGAGGGAUUUUUGUAACACCGCUGCGCGGGCACGAAGAUUUAAAUGCGAUAAAAAAAGUCAAUAUUGGUUUUUUUUAAAUUUUAUUUUACACACGCAAAUUAAUAUUGAUAAGAUACAUCGUAAUCGUAAUAUUAUCGUCAAUAUACUUAACGGUUAGGUACAACGUAAAUAUACAACGUAAAAUAAAAAUAACAUAAUAUAUUAUAAAAUAAAUUAAAUACAAAACUAAUUAUUUAGGAAUAAGUAUAUACGAUAUUUUCAUAAAAAAAAAAGCAUAUUUUAUAUAAUAAUAAUGUAUUACAUAGUUCCAAAGAAAAAAAAGAAAAACAGUAACCGCGUAAGUGUUGUAGUAUUUUAACGCCCUGAAAACUCGAUUGUUUAUAUGUGGACAUUUUUUUUGGACUAAGCAAAUUUCGUUUCGAUAUUUUGCCAUGGCACGUUUAGAAAUGUGGUACUACGACGGUAUUGAAAAUAUUAAAACGGCAACAAUCGUCGAAAUCCAACGGUCCGCGUGUAAUGUCUGAAAUGAUCUCGCGGUAACGGCGGUAACAUAUUUUUUUUUUUCCCCGAUGGUGACAUAGUAAAAUAAUUUAAUCUUAUCCGGCUAAUAUAAAACGUACAAAUAAUGUGUUAAACGUCUAAUGCUUAACUAAUAAUUCCUGGGUAAACUUAUUAACUAAUAAUAAUAUUAUAUAUACACGACAAAUAAUAUAAUAUAUCACAAACGCAACGUCGAAUUUUUUUCCCCGCUUGCUCGACACUUUUAAUAUGCCCGGUACCGUUUUAACUCUGGAAUCGCCACGGCGCCAAAUCUAAUUCCGCGAGGAUUUGUCUGCACGGGAUCAACGCGUUCCUAU